AUGAGUUCAAAAUUCUUCCGUACCGGAGACGACACCUCCAGCGAGAGCAGCUCCGAGGAGGAGGAGGAGCUUUACUCUGAAUCGGAAGACGAGGAGCAAGAGGCGUCCGAGUCCGGCUCCGAGAAAGAAGAUGAGGAGGGCGAGAGUGAAUCCGAGGAUGAGAAGGCCGGCGGCAAGAAGACCGGUGCCAUGGCCUUCUUCCGUGGUGCCGGAUCUGACGAGGACGAGAGCACCGACGAUGAGCAAGUCCACGUUGUGAAGAGCGCCAAAGACAAGCGUUUGGAGGAGCUGGAGGCAACAUCCAAGGCCAUCGAGAACGGAAAGAAGAUCAACGACUGGGGUUCUAUCUCCGCAGAGUUCGAUAAGAUCAACCGUCAGGUUGUCAAGCUUCUUCAAUCCGGAAGCAUGCCCAAGCUGUACAUUAAGGCCAUCGCCGACCUCGAGGACUUCAUGAACGAGACGAUCGCGAAGCAGAAGGUUACUGCGAAGAAGAUGAAUGCCACAAAUGCCCGUGGUCUCAACGCGGUCAAGCAACGUAUCAAGAAGAACAACAAGGACUACCAAAAGGAUGUCGAUGCUUACAGAGCCGACAAGGACGCCUUCAUGGAGUCGGAGGAAGAGGAAGAGGUGGUGGUCGUUAAGAAGCCCGGAAAGGCUGCUGUCAGCUUCGCAUUAGAUGAGGAGCCAGGAGCAGACGAUGGGUUCCAUACCGUUGGAAAGGGCGGCCGCACCUUACAAUUCACACCCGAGAGCAUCUUGAAGCAUCUGCGGAGCAUCAUGGAGUCCAGAGGAAAGAAGAACACCGACCGCACAGAACAGAUCAAGAUCAUGGAGAAGCUUUACGAAGUCGCCACCACACCGUACCAGAAAAUCCGCGUGCUUCUUACCUUGAUUUCGACUCGUUUCGAUUUAUCCACUGGUGCACAGACCUUUAUGUCCCAGGAGCAGUGGAAGGCUGCUGAGCAGGAGUUCGGAACUCUUCUUACAAUACUGGAGUCAAAUCUCGAUCUUGUGGUCGUGGAGAACGCCGAGGACUGGGAAGAUGACGAGAAGGCGCCGGUCCCAGUUGCUGGCGAGAAGCUGAAGAUUCCAGGCAGCGUGGUAUCUUAUAUUGAAAGGCUAGACGACGAGCUCACCCGAUCCUUACAGCAUAUCGAUCCUCAUACCGCAGAGUACAUUGACAGGCUCUCGGACGAAGGCUCUCUCUAUAACAGCAUCGUCAGAACUCAAUUAUAUGUUGAGAUGAUGACAAAAGAUACUAGCUUAGAGAUCCCGCAAGAUAAUACAAACAGGAUUAUCAUGCGAAGACUGGAGCAUGUAUACUUCAAGCCCGCUACCGUAGUCAAGAUUUUGGAAGAGAACUGCUGGAAGUCAAUCCCGGCAUCUCUCCAGUCGACGAUUACUUCGCAAACCCAAACUCCCGAUGCCACCGCUCUCGUCAAUGUUCUCUGCAACUACCUCUUCAUUCACAGCGAAGGUAUCAUCCGCGCUCGCGCUAUGCUUUGCCAGAUUUACUUCUUGGCACUGCACGAUAACUACUAUAAGGCUCGCGAUAUGAUGUUGAUGUCGCAUUUACAAGAGACAAUCAGCAACUUCGACGUCAACAGCCAAAUCCUGUUCAACAGGACCCUCGUCCAAGUUGGUCUCUGCGCGUUCCGUGCUGGACUCGUGUAUGAGGCACAGAACACGCUCCAGGAAAUCUGCGGUAGCGGACGCCAAAAGGAGUUGCUCGCUCAGGGUGUUAUGAUCCAACGUUACAACCAAGUUUCGCCCGAGCAGGAGCGCCUUGAACGCCAGCGCCAGCUGCCAUUCCACAUGCACAUCAACCUCGAGCUCCUCGAAUGUGUGUACCUUACUUGCAGCAUGCUCCUCGAGAUUCCUCUCCUGGCACAAACCGGGUCAUCCCCGGAUAUCAAGAAGCGUGUUAUCAGCAAGACCUACCGCCGUAUGCUCGAAUACCAUGAGCGCCAAAUCUUCACUGGGCCACCGGAGAACACCCGUGACCACGUCAUGCAGGCGUCGAAGGCUCUUGCAGCAGGCGAGUGGCAGAAGGCUACUGAGUUCAUCCACUCCAUCAAGAUUUGGGAGUUGAUGUCGAAACCGGAUGCCAUUAAGACCAUGCUUUCUGAGCAAAUACAAGAAGAGGGUCUUCGCACAUAUCUCUUCACCUACGCUCCUUUCUACGACACCUUAUCUGUUGCCACUCUAUCAUCCAUGUUCGAGUUGUCCAACCGCAAGGUUGCCGCCAUUGUCAGCAAGAUGAUCAGCCACGAGGAGCUUGCUGCUGCUCUUGACCAGGUCAACUCGUCCAUCAUCUUCAGGAAGGGUGUUGAGCUGAGCAGACUCCAGAGCUUGGCUCUGACUCUGAGUGACAAGGCCAGCGGUCUCAUUGAGAGCAAUGAGAGGACCCUGGAGACUAGAACACAAGGCACCGCAAAUGCCUUUGAGCGCCAAGGCGGCAGGGGCGGACGUGGUGGUGGCAGGGGAGGACAGAGAGGUGGCCGUGGUGGCGGACGUGGUGGCGGACCGAAUACCCAGAGACAAGAGGGUGGGACAAGGUUCACCGGUGGCGCCCUUGGUGCGGCAGUCCGAGCGUAA